AUGAUCUCGGACCAUCGAAUGGGCAAGGCAUCGAGGCGUGCUUACGCAGCCAACGGGGGAAAAUUGGGCGGCACUCCGGAGUCGCGGUUUGCAUUGUACGCGGCCUUAUUGCUUUGCGAAGAGAAGAGGGGAGGGGGCGGCUCUAGUGGAAGAGCCAGGCGCUCACUUCACCUCAAGAUCAUUGGAGGAUAUUCUUCACAGCUGCGCGAGCGUGCUGUGUUGAGUGAGGCGGAUAGGGAGAACCUUGGGACUGCAGACAGCUACGUCUCUUGGUUGCAGCAGAACACGCCAGAGCGUGGCGCUGCUCUUCCGUCCUUUUUGGCUUCGGAGGCUAAGCGGGCCCGACUUGAGGAAGCGGCCGAACAUCUUGAGAAUCCACUUGAAAUCGCCGCGGAGCCAGCCGAGGAGGCUGCCGAGGAGAUUCUUGAAUCAGCCGAGGAGGCUGCCGAGGAGACUCUUGAUACAGGCGUGCCAUCGACGAGCAGCGGGGCUGGACCCGAGUUGAGGUUUCGGCCUGUGGCGCGGCGAGUGACUUCGCUUAAGGUAGCGGAGGGAUUGCUUCCGCCGGGUACGUCGGUGCUGCUGUCAUUGGACAUUCAUUUGGUCGCUGACCGUAGUGAGGAGGGGACUGCUGCGUGCCUCGAGAGAAUUUUGCGAGAGCACUCGGAUUUGGCUGUCAUCUUCUGCUCGUACGCGGUAAAGCAAAAGACCAUUGAUAAGGCGGUUCAGUGUAUCCACCGAAUUUGUGAUCGGACGAUUGUGCGGCGCCCUUUGACCUUUCCCAUUUUCUUCACGUCUACCAAGACUGCGCCGGGCACAGGCAAAGGAGCACAAUUGUCUACUUUGGCGGAUAUCUUUAGCCGGUCGCGCCCCGCUCCACUGACUUAUCUGUAUCACGUGGACGAUCAAGAUCCGAUCUGUAAGAACGUGACAUCCUACGGCCAUCACGGUGUGAGGUGGGCAGAGGAGGACCCGCGUUCUCUGGAUCAGAUCGUGUGGGAGCUCUGCUGGCUUUAG